GCAACAUUUAUGGCAGCCGGAGGCUCUGCUCCUGAAUUCUUCACAUCCGUUAUAGGCGUUUUCAUCGCUGAAAACAACGUUGGCAUCGGUACUAUUGUUGGAAGUGCAACAUUCAACAUACUCUGCGUUCUCUCAUGCUGUGCUUUAUUCUCACACGGUGUUCUUCAUUUGACCUGGUGGCCUUUGUUCAGGGACGUAGCAUUUUACGUCAUUGCGCUAUUUAUGCUGGUAAUAUUUUUUUUGGAUGAGGAGAUCCGGUGGUACGAAGCGCUGGCCCUCUUCAUCAUCUACAUUUCCUAUUGCAUAUUUAUGAAAUAUAACGAAGCAAUCGAAGAUUGUGUAAAAUAUUACUUGGGCGGUAAGCCAAACGAAGUGGACGUCGCUAAGGAUGUGUCAGCGCUAAAGAAAAUUAGCGCAGUUCGAUAUGACGUUGAUGGCGUGACUGCGCUUCAGCCGACGAGGCGGGAUUCGGCGACUCGUGAAGAUCAGGAAUAUGCGCCGAUUACAGGCCGCGUCGAUUCAGUCGCAAUCAGCCGUAGGCGUGCCAGCUCCCUCCGUCGCCAGUCGAUCCCGAUCCUGCACAGCGGCGCGAUCUUCCGAAACGGCAUUAUCCAGCUGAUGACUCAAGGUCUUGAUCCCUUAGACGAAGGCGCCAGUGAAGGCAUGUCUACCUGUAACACACCUUUCCUUUUCACGCUUACAUUUUCAUGUGCUUUCCACAAGUAA